UAUCGACAGCUUUAGUGACUCGUCUGAACGUGUCGCGCAGUGGCCAGAUACAGUCGUCCUCGAUGCAAACAAGCACACGGGUACGUGUCGUCAUCGCAGGCUCCGUAUCGCUGACACCGCGCAGCGUGUGAUUCCUGGAGGCGGAAUGGCCUGCGUGGACUGUGUGGGGACGCCCGGCAGCGUGGCAUGUUCGCUCGUGCCUCCGGACGCCGCUCUGGAACACCCAGUGACCACAACGUUCCCGCACAGUUGCCGAGAAUGCUUCAAUGACUGCAUCGCCAAGCUCGUGUCCCUGGCUGACGUGCAGGAGAAGAUGACAUUCGGCCAGGCUCUCCAGCGGCAGCACAAGGAGGGCAAGCUGAAGAAAAUCACCGAGACCACGGACUCUGAGACCUUCCUGGCGACGACGGGCUCCAAGCAGCAGCAGCAGCAGUACACCACAUGCGACACCGUGGUGCAGCUGUAUUACAUCGACACCCACUCGGCGUCCAGGGUGUACGCCAAUCUCUUCACCUGCAAGAGACUCAGCGACCUGCACUCGGGCAUCCACAACAAGAGCUUCGGAUUUCGUCUGAUUCGAAGAAUCCUCUUCAUCGAAGACAAGAUGCCGGACAACUUCGUGAAGGCUUACGACGAGUUUGCCGCCACACGCGCCCGCUCCUUCCAUCCGCAUCCCGACAUGCGAAGCAAGAUCCAGCGGUACAUGCUGAUGGAGAGCGACUACUGUGGAGAGAGCAUCCUGCACGCAAGGAUCAAGCCGUCGCAGGCUAUCAGCAUCAUCGGCCAGGUGGCCUGCACGCUGGCCGUGGCCGAGCGCGAGCUGCAGUUCGAGCACCGGAACCUGCACGAGGAGAACAUCAAGGUGCAGGCGUCCACGAGCAAAAACCAGCACUUCCUGCUCGACGACCGCAUCUGCUGCGUCAAGGGCGCCGGCCUCAAGGUGACGCUCUUCGACGACAACUUCAGCAGGAUCACCUACAACGAUGAGGUGGUGAUGCGCAUGAAGAACUACAACUGCCUGUACCGGGAGAAGACGGCCAUCUAUCUUACCAUGGAGCGGAUCAUAAA